AUGGCCGCCGACGAGGCCCCCAGGGACCCGGAUCCCGCAGGCGACAAGAUCCCACCCACUGUUGAAGAAGAACAAGAAGAAGAGAAGGCGAACCCAACCGAAUACAACAAAGGUCCUAUGCUGCCUCGGUUCAUCUACGACACCUCUUCAGUUACGGAGCGCCUAAUGCAACGAGCUGAUGCCGACGCCAACGAGGACUCAGCGCGCGAGGGAGAAGCCAGCAAAGGGUUUCAUCCCAACAACGCCAAAGCCAAGGACAGCGACCACGAAGAAUCCAAUGCAAAGUGA